CGGUCAAUCACCUCACUAUCGUCUUUUUCUGAGCGCGCAGCCGUGUUAGUUCUCUUGUGCCUCGCGCUGCCCACCGGUUCAGAAAGUGCGGGGUGGAGCAUGUGUGUCGGUCAGGAGUUCCUCACCGUGUCCCCCACGCCUUAACAUCCAAGAAUAUAUUAUAUCCUCCAUCAUGUUCAGUUGGGGUAAUGCUCUAGCUUUGCCCAGCGUGGGCGUUGACGUGGACAAAGAACGAAAACCUCCACCGCGCCCUACGCCCCUCGAUUUUCCGUCUUAUGAGCUCCCAGACGUCGCAGAGGCCCCGUCGGAAGCUUCAUUCAGGGAUCUCGAAUCGUUGCUCCUUGCUGUCCGGAAACCACAGGAUAUCUCAGCGGCUCAUUUACGAGCUCUGAAUUUGCGAGUGCACUCAGACGUACCAGUGGCGGAUAUCGUCCAACAAGAUCGAUUGACGACUCUGCCCCCAUUAGCUUGGGAGGAUGGCGAAUCGACUCAGCCCACAGCAGAAACGUCAACAGGCCACGGAUUGUGUACAAGUAACGGCUAUCCAUAUCCGACGAGGGGCAAAUUCGAUGUGGUCAGAAACGAGCUCCUUUUCGAUAAUGAUGACGCUUUCCGGGAGGUCUCGCGUUUGCCCCCUAGACCUGGCCGCCAAAAGGUCAAGUUGACGCAAUCAAGGAAAUUCUGGUCUGCUCUGGACCGGAUGGCUCAGUACUGGGAUGCUAGCCUUGAUAAUUAUAUAGAACGUUCCUUGACAGCAGAUAGUGCCUCCGCAGAUGAAAGAAUGCAGACGGACAACGAGCAGUCAGAUAAUGUUGAUGAAUCGAACAAAAUGGAUAUAGACAGCGGGUCGGCGACUCGGGGAUCCCUACGGAAGGAAGCGAAUGAGGACGCGAAGUCGACAGAAACCAUGUAUACGGGACGCCGAAUCGGUACUGGAAGUGAGAUGCCAGAGGAUAUACGCGAAGAUACAGUUCGUGGCUUUAUUGAAAUGGCCGCGUGGCCCUUCGGAUGCCAGGUGAACAUCCCAACCAAUCCACCUAGACUUGCUGUGAGGAAUCUUCUUUUCCCUGUCCGUCAGACCCUCGUCGCGGGAAGAGCUCCUAGCGAUCGCCAGAUAGCCAAAAGGGGAAUCCUCGAAGGUCCAUUGCUCCUAGCUCAAUGCCGGCCGGAUACCGUGUUCCGGGAACCUGGUCAAGCAGCCGGCCACGGUACGCAGGAACUAUGUGAUCUUUUCCGGGAAGUUGGCGGCUUGCUGCUUACUGCCCAAGAACGUGCUCGAGAGGAUGCGAUGGAGGUGAGACCCGGAGAGGGCAAAUGGUGGACAACGACACCCAGAUGGGGUGGAGCGCCCAAUGAAGGAGUUACCGGAGAUGGCAGGAAUUCAGACGACACGUCUCCUCCGGGAAAAGGGAACAUUCAUAAGCGCUCCAAGUUGGAUCACGCCGUAUCGUCGUCCCGUAGGCCAGGCCCUGGAAGUUCGCGCAAGAUGUCGGCCAGUGAAAAAUGGAAAAUCAUUGCACCUCCGCAGAGUCUGUGGGAUAAGCGAAUGAAGUAUAUGCAGAUUGGGAAACCCAAGGAUAGUCCAUUUGAUGACAUCUAUAUGAUAUCGUCCAUAAAUCAUCACGUCUCAAUUGUGCACCUCAGAGUGCAUCGUAGCUACAUCGAUGCCCUAACGACCGGCAAAGUCGAGCAACCUGUGGGUCCUACAGACUCAGAACAGCCAUGGCAUGUUAUUCACCUUCGCCGUACUCGGUGGUUCGAUCUCCUGGAAGCAACCGAUCGUGUAGAAGCUUUCGAGGGUCUCUGGCGCAUCUUUCACUAUUUGAUGAGAAAGGACUCCGAUUAAACUUAUUGCGCGUCAAUCAUGGCAUUCACCAUUUCUCCGCUUGUGUGGCCAUCUACGUGCGUGCAGAACCUAGCUAUCUUGAUGGAGUAUGUCGAUAUUAUCUUUCACUCGGUCGAGGCAAGAAAAAAAAAACUCUUUGAAAAAUUCGUCCCGAUUUUAUCUCUUUUGAAGCAAACAAGUCAUUCCUUUCUCAAUAAUGUGAUCAUUUCUCCGUGGGUACAACAGACUAGAUGUCCCAAGUGGAAA